AAUUACCACAUGCUUUAUUCAAUUUUAAAUUAGUAGCACAAUAAACAUUGUGGCUUUGGAUUAAGCUAUUAAACAACUUUAAGCUGUUCAUUCUCGUAUGAGAUGGAUCAUGUUAUUGCUUUACUAUUUCCAUUGCUUGCUUAUAACUCUAAGCCUAUGAGCAUUGAGCACAAGCAAGUUCCGUUGCUUUCUUAUUGAUUAUGCAGAACUUGGUUAUCACUUUUAAUCUAUACUGAUCUAAUCAUGAUCGCACUUUUUUUGAACCAGAGAGUUGUUAAGCCAAAGAGAAGUCACGUGAUUACCUUGGAACAACAAUCUGAUCCCGGCAUCCAGCUUCAUUAUCGGAAGUCAUCUCAUCUUGUCACUUUUUUGCAAGCUCGCAAAGGAGACACCAAGAUGCUGUUACAAGUUGGGCAGGAACAAGAUUCAUCCCGCCAAUCUCAAUUGUCGAUUUCAUCACUCCAUCUACACAUUGAUCGCAACAUCCGCGAAGACAUAUUUGGCGAUUUGAUUGCAACGGCUCGUUCAUGGUGGUACGUUCAUGACGAUGUCUAUGGCGACUUAUCUUUGGCAGUUAGUCGAUUGACACUUCAUCCAUGGCGACUCGUUCGGGUGGUUCAGAACACUGUCCACACAGAUCGUUCGCGCAACCAUCCCCGGAGUGCAGUCCGAUUGGAAUCAGAAGUAUGUUGAUGACAACUCGCCCAAAUACAGUCCGUCCGUGACACUUCGUUUAUGACAACCUAACCAUGACAGCCCGUUCAUGACAAUUCGUCUGCGACAUGAGUAUGUGCCUAGUUCAUUGUCUCAUAAACCUUAUUCGCAAACUUCGCAGAGAUCGAUUUCAUCUCUCUACGAACUGGGGGGACUUACUGUUGGGGGUGGAUUCACAUCCUCCAACAAGGCCCAUUAAGACAAUGAAUUAUGCACAUUCUACUAGGAAGCCCUAGACAUUUUUCUAUAAUAGAGGAGUCACCUCCUUCUUAGAAAAGGGGCUGCU